AUGCAUGAAGCAAAACCAGUGAAAACACCCAUUGCCACUGGUUCCAAACUCUCCAGACAUGAGGUUGACCCUUUACCAGAUGGCACAAAAUUUCGGAGUAUUGUUGGUAGCCUACAAUAUCUCUCCAUGAAUCGCCCAAAUAUUGCUUUCUCUGUUAAUCAGGUGGCCCAAUUUAUGCAUUCUCCCACCACUGCUCACUGGAUGGCCAUCAAAAGGAUUCUCAGAUAUCUGAAAGGCACUCUUCAUCGUGGCCUUACAUUCACUCGGGCCUCCUCCCAAAUUAGCCUCCAUACCUACUGUGAUGUUGACUGGGCAGGAAAUCCCGAUGACCGCCGCUCUAUGACAGGGUAUUGUCUAUUUCUGGGUCCUAAUGCUAUUUCCUGGUCUGCCAAAAAACAACCUACCGUUGCACGCUCCUCUACGGAGGCAGAGUAUAGAGCCCUUGCUCACACAACUGCAGAAAUCCUAUGGGUCCAAUCAAUUCUUCCGGAUAUACAUUUUUUUUGGCGACUUCCCCAAUUCUGCACUGUGACAACCUUGGUGCACUUUCUCUUGUAG